AUGGUACUCCUUCGAAAUUCGGCUUAUACAAGUGCGUUUCGGGUGCAGGCUUACAGGACAGCUCGGGCUCGAGCUGCUGGUCAAUCUUGGCGACAAAUCGGACAACGCUCCUACGCUAGUGGUCAUGAAGGAGCGAAGAAAGCAAGCAGCGAUCUCCCUUGGCUGAUCGGGUCUGUGGCUGUCACAGUGCCAUCGGCCACAUGGCUCUGGCAACAAGGACCUAAGAAGAGCAAGCGCGAUGCCCAUCACGGCCAUGCAAGUCAUGAUGAGCAGAAAGAGGCUGGAGGAGAAGAGCAAGAAGGACAAGAAGAGAACAACAGGAACCCUGAAGAGACCGAUGAUGAAAAGCCCCAGGACACCGAGGAUUCAAGACAAGCAAAUGACGAAGAAGAAGGUGAUGAUGCAAAGGACAAGAGAGAUGAUGGCGGCGAAGAAAAAGAGACAAAAGGCGAGGAGGACAAACGACCUAUUGGGGAAACUAUCAGAAACGAGCCCCCCAACGAAAUUUCGCCUAGUGAGAACAAAUGGUCGUCCGGUGAUGAGGGUCUGAAGGAGGGCGACAAUGAUGCGGUCCAGAAGAAGUCUCAGCAGAUCAAGUCAGUGGAUACUGAUGCUGAUGAGGGCAAGAAGGAUGGGCCCAGCGCCAAUGUUGACAAGGGCCACGAAGGCGAGCAAAGGGGGACUAGAGUCACAGAAGGCGACAAGAAACGCAAGGCCGAGGAUCCCCGAAGUAAUUCAAUGAACCCCAACAUGGCCGAUGAGAGAAAGAGCAAAAAGCCAGAAGGAGUUGUAGAUACGGCCAAGAUCACAGGCACAGUGGACGUCAACAGACCGCUUCGAUAG